AAGAGUGAUGAGGAGCAGGCAGGGCAGAGGCGCCGUGCCGGCCGCGCCACGUGCCCCUUCUACUCCUACGAGCAGAUGCAGUUUCUCCGUGAUGAACUUCUCGUGGAGGUGAAGGACAUUGAGCAGUUGGUGGCUCUGGGGAGAGAGACCAAAGCCUGCCCAUACUAUGGGAGUCGAUUUGCCAUUCCUGCUGCUCAGCUGGUGGUGCUGCCCUAUCAGAUGCUCUUGCAUGAGCCUACCAGGAGCGCUGCUGGGAUCAAGCUGAAGGGCCAGGUUGUAAUCAUUGACGAAGCCCACAACCUCAUAGACACCAUCACCUGUAUCCAUAGUGCAGAAGUCAGUGGCUCUCAGCUGUGCUGUGCCCACUCCCAGCUGUCGCAGUACAUGGAGCGAUACAGGAAACGUUUGAAGGCAAAGAACUUGAUGUACAUUAAGCAGAUCCUGUAUAUGCUGGAGCAGUUUGUGGCUGUGCUGGGAGGUAAUGUGAACCAAAAUCCAAACUGUCAGGCUGUUCCUCAAGCAGGGACAGUGCUAAAAUCCAUCAAUGACUUUCUGUUUCAGAGCCAGAUUGACAAUAUCAACCUCUUCAAGGUUCAGCGUUACUGCCAGAAGAGCCUCAUCAGCAGGAAGCUUUUUGGGUUUGUGGAGCGAUAUGGAGGCCCUGCCACAGGUGUGAAGACCAACAAGAACCAGAACUUGGCUGGCUUGCAGAGCUUUCUUCUGACCCUCCAGCAGGGAUCUGAUAAAGAGGCAGGUACCCCCCCGAGCCAUCCUCCUGUGGAGGCUGAGAUCGAGCAGCUCCGAGCUGCUUCUCCACUGAUGCAGGUUGAAGGAUUUCUCUCGGCCCUGACAAAUGCAAACCAAGAUGGCAGAGUCAUUCUCAGCAGGCAAGGCACAGUUGGUCAGAGCAGCCUCAAAUUCCUCUUGCUGAAUCCAGCUGUCCAUUUUGCCAAGGUGGUAGAAGAAAGCCGUGCUGUGAUCAUUGCUGGGGGCACCAUGCAGCCGGUGGCUGAUUUCCGAGAGCAGCUGCUGUCCCGUGCCGGUGUGGACCCUGCACGUGUUGUGGAGUUCUCCUGUGGGCAUGUGAUUCCUCCAGAAAACAUUUUACCCAUAAUCCUCUGCAGUGGACCUUCCAACCAGCAGCUGGAGUUCACCUACCAGACAAGAGACCGUCCCCAGAUGAUGGAGGAGACAGGUCGAAUCCUCUGCAACCUGUGCAACGUGGUUCCGGGGGGGGUGGUGUGCUUCUUCCCCUCCUAUGACUACGAGAAGCAGGUGUAUGCACACUGGGAGAAGACAGGGCUGCUCACACGACUGGCAGCCAAGAAGAAGGUCUUUCAGGAGCCUAAGAAAGCCAGCCAGGUGGAGCAGGUGCUGGUGGAAUAUGCCAAGUGCAUAAAGCGCUGCAGCCAGGCAGGAGGACAGAUGACAGGGGCCCUGCUGCUUUCUGUGGUUGGAGGUAAAAUGAGUGAAGGCAUCAACUUCUCUGACGAGCUGGGAAGGUGUGUGGUUAUGGUAGGAAUGCCUUACCCCAACAUUAAAUCUCCAGAGCUCCAGGAAAAAAUGGCUUGGCUUGACAAAACCAUGCCCAGAGCUGCUGGCCAGGCACCUAGCAGAGUGCUGAUUGAAAACCUGUGCAUGAAGGCAGUGAACCAGUCCAUAGGCAGAGCCAUUCGCCACCAGAAGGACUUCGCAAGCAUCCUGCUGCUGGACCACAGGUAUGGAAGCGCUGCCAUCCUCAGCAAACUGCCCCAGUGGAUCAGGGAGAGAACCCAGGUGAAAGCCACCUUUGGAGCAGCAUUUGCAGAGCUAAGGAAGUUCCAUCGAGGGAAGUGAUAUGGAGCAGGCUGCCUCUGUGAACU